UCACCAAUCCACAGCAGACAGAAGGAGACAAAUGCAGACCAUGACACUCACCAUGCGCGCCAUCCGCCCCGGCUUCUUCACCAGACGACUGUUCACCACCGCCACCACCGCCCGAGCGAAAUGGUCCACGGGCCCCGCGCCACCACGACUCCCCAAAGAAGAGCAAGAAAUCUUUGAGCGUCUGCAACAGCAAUCAACAGGAGCUUUCAGUCAGCCGAAGCAAGAGGCAGCAGACGUAGAAUCCACAAACACCAAUACCAAGGCAGAACAGCUAGAGGACGCUGCAGCCGGCGCGAGUACCUCCUCCACCACAACAACGAGGUCUUCCGAGGCGGAAAAGAUGUUGGAGCAAUUACGAGCACGAGCACAAGUUUCUGCGAAAGGUGAUGGGGAGGAAUUACAUCCGAAUGUGAGAAGAGGUGCUGCGCCGGAAUUUCAGGGAGAUAUUAAUCCCAAAACGGGAGAAGUUGGAGGGCCGAAGAAUGAUCCGUUGAGAUGGCAGGGGGAUUGGAGUUAUAAUGGUAGAGUGACGGAUUUUUGAGAAGAAAGAGAAAGAAGGAAUGACAUUGUAUGAGAUGAGGAGGGGCUCUUGUAUAAUUUUGUUUGUAUCAUGAGGUCCUCGUGUAUAUGUCAAGACAGGAUAGAAUAGCCAUGUCAUGUCGUACCAUAUCAUACCCAACUCUUGCUUACAUUUUCGAUUCGUCCGCA